GAAAGGGAAACACCUAAUUUGCAUAAGGCUUCUAUAAAUAGAGGGGCGGCCGCCAUUAUUUCUAUACUGUUUGUCUGUAGACAUCCAGAGGUAGUAGUUUAGUGUUCGUCGAGUUCUUUAAGGCAGAGUAGUUUUUGUCAAGAUGCCGGAGCCAGCAAAAUCUGCUCCUGCUCCUAAAAAGGGAUCUAAAAAAGCUGUGACAAAGACUCAGAAGAAGGGCGAUAAGAAGCGUAGAAAGACUAGGAAGGAGAGUUAUUCUAUCUACGUCUACAAAGUGUUGAAGCAAGUUCACCCGGACACCGGUAUUUCCUCUAAGGCGAUGGGGAUCAUGAACUCUUUUGUAAAUGACAUCUUCGAGCGCAUUGCGGGGGAAGCGUCUCGCCUGGCUCAUUACAACAAGCGUUCAACCAUCACUUCACGGGAGAUCCAGACCGCUGUACGCCUGCUUCUGCCGGGGGAGCUGGCCAAACACGCCGUGUCUGAGGGCACCAAGGCCGUCACCAAGUACACCAGUUCCAAGUAAAUGGUUUGUUGUGAGACCACCUACACCUUUAACCCAAAGGCUCUUUUAAGAGCCAUCCACUUUAUCAUCCAAAGAGCUCUGAUAUCACUGAUUCCUGUUACUUGUGUUUUUCAAACUCUAACAAAACUUAUUUUAAAAAUAUUAAUGUGCUUUAGUAUCAAGUGACUUGUGAAAGUUAUUUUUUCAUUGCAUAUGCUCCCUAUAUCGUGGGGUGACUGAUUUCGCUCUAGUAAAUGUGGCAUUAAGUCAAUUUAAACUAUAUCAGGUUUCAGAAUGUUAAUGCAAAAUGUCGCUGUCUCUCGUUCUUCUUUUUUCUCCCGCUUCCAACCAAUAGUUCGGUGAGGUGUCACCCCCAAGAAAUAUAAAAUAUGGCUAAACGGUUUGUCCGGUAAAUAAAAAUUUGAAAUUUGAUCAGA